AUGGACCAUCAAGAAGAUAUUGUGCCGACCGAUUUCCUGUUUCGCCCAGCAAAAAAGCGCAAGUUCAUGCGAAGACGUCCCGAUUAUGAGACCCCAGACACCGAAGAGGCUGAUGAUCAAAAUGACAGCCCUGGCGCGUCACAACCUCCAGGGAGCAAUAAUAUUCGGCGUCCACGGGCAGUUCGAAAAGGUGGCAUUGGGUUUUCUACCGCGUCACGACUAGGAGAUGGUCAAGGCCAGCAACUAGCGCUAGUACCAGCAGUUGGAGAAACUGAGGACGAGAAGAUACGAGCAAUGAAUGAACGUUUCACAGGAUAUACCGGUCAGACGGUGGAUGUUGACAAGCACAUGUACAGAUCCUUUCCUACAAUUGAUCGUCGCGUUCGUUUGAUGUGGGCUAACGAGAUAAGGAUGGCAUUCAUAGAUUCCGAGAUGGCUAAGCGCUACCAACCUGAAUCAAGGCCGGAUAAUUCAGGUCCCAACCAAGCAACGCAAGAGGAAGCUGCCGGGGGGCUGUCGGUAUCUGGACACCAGACUCGCGAACCUGCAUCGCUAGGAAAGCUCCACGAAAUCGACCUCGGCCAAGAAGCCACAUUGCGAAACAUUGCACGGACAGAAGCUGUGACUCGGCAAAUGGCCGAGAAGGGAGAAUUGCCGACAUCAGUUGAUCAUGCUACUUCAGGGACGGGUCCAGACGGCAAGUCAUGGCGCAAUCGCAAGCAGAGGACAGAUGCAGACAUCGCAAGAGAUCGUCUUGUGGAGGAGGUACUACGUGAGAGCAAAUUGGAAAUUUAUGAUGAACAUGAGGAGGAAAACCAGGUGGAUGACCAACAGGCUGCUGAUGACCGAGUCGCUGAGCAAUUCAGGCGAGACUUUAUGGAUGCGAUGCAGUCUCGGCGUCGAAAUCGGCCUGCAGCAAAACCGGUGGCUAAUGUCGAAGCGCCUCGGGGUCCGAAGCUUGGGGGGAGUCGCAGCGCAAGAGCUGCAAUGCGGGAAAAAGAAGCACAGGCCGGGAAGAAAUGA